UGCAUCCAAGCCACUUUCAGACACUUUUCCAGACUAAUUCACAAUGCAACAAGAGAAGAGCAAAGAAGAUCACAGCCGCUUGAUCAACAUCACGGCCAAAGAUCUAACGGCCGGAAACCGAAGGCUAGUGGAGGUUCCUUACACGGCAACACUCUCCCACGCAAUGAACACAUUAGUAGCCAACUCCAUCUCCUCACUCCCCGUGGCCGCACCUCCGGGACACUGGAUCGGAGCCGGAGGCUCCAUGAUCAUGGAGUCUGAUAAACAAACCGGAGCAGUACGUAAACACUACAUAGGUAUCCUCACGAUGCUCGACAUACUUGCUCACAUCGCCGGCGGAGAACACAACCUCUCCGAUCCCACCGAUCUUGACCGCAAGAUGGGUUCUCAGGUGUCUUCAAUCAUCGGUCACUGCCUCGAGGGACUUAGCUUAUGGACGCUGAACCCUAGCACCACCUUGUUGGAGUGUAUGGAAGUGUUUAGCAAAGGGAUACAUCGAGCGUUGGUGCCAGUUGAGAGCAGCAUAGAGAGUAGUAACACUAUCUCAGGAGUUGAGUUGGUUGAGUCUUCCUCUGCUUACAGGAUGCUUACUCAGAUGGAUCUCCUGCGGUUCCUGAGAGACCAUCACUUUGAUGACCUCAAGGAUGUUCUGUCACGCUCUAUAUCUGAUCUCCGAGCUGUUAACGAGUCCGUUUACGCCGUAACGGCGAGUACGAGUGUUUCCAGUGCCAUAAAGUCUAUGAAGGCUGCUUUGCUCAACGCCGUCCCCAUCGUUCACGCCCCUGAUGUAGCUGAAGAGGACCAUCUUCAGCUUAUCAAUGGGAGGCAUAGGAAGGUGAUUGGUACGUUCUCCGCGACGGAUAUAAAAGCAUGUCGUUUGCCUGAGCUUCAGGCGUGGUUACCGCUCUCUGCUCUGGAGUUCACGGAGAAGGUUACAGUGAAUGAGAGGGAGACUGUGAGUUGCACUGAAGAAGCGACUAUGGAGGAAGCAGUAGAGAAAGUGGUCACCAGAGGAGUGCACAGAGUGUGGGUUGUGAACCAUCAGGGUAUGCUUAAAGGAGUCGUCUCCCUCACCGAUAUCAUACGCUCUAUAAGAGCUGCGCUUUCGUAAUAAGAUGAUCUUGCCUUGUGUGUU